AGUCUAAAUCCACAGACCCCGCUCUAGCUGUAGACCAGUCUCACCGAUUACAGCGUCGACGGACUCAGAUAGAGAUUUUCAAAGGUGAAUCUUUUCAGCGCCACAUAGAAAGAGAGGAAAAGAGAGAGAUGCUGGAAAACCAUGCACCAGCUGCCGCAGAUUCAGGCACCGCAGUGAAGCGAUACGCUCCUCCCAAUCAAAGGAAUCGUGCUCUCAACCGCCGCAAAUCGGGAGAUCGGUUUGAUCGACCUAGUUAUGGAAAUGAUGGAGAGAAGAAUUAUCCAAUCACUUCAAGAAGUCUUCCAGUUCUGGAUCAUGGAGAUGCAGGGAGCAGUACAUUUCUGAAUGAGAAUCCUCGUACCCGGUUAAUUGCUCUGGAUGGAUGCUGUAGAAGUGAAGGUUCUCAGCUUUUAACCGAACGUUGGGCUGCUGCAUUGCAUCUCUACAAUAACACGUCAAUAGAUUUAUCUGAAAGACCAGUUAUGUAUUCUGGAAGUAAUGCAUCAGCAUGGGGACAUAUUAGACUUCCUCAUCAGAUGAUGUCUUCCUCAAACAGUGUUGGACCUUCAUCUGGUUCACAGAUGGAUUUCUUGAGUGAACUUCGACGUGCAAUGCGCAACAGCAGUGCUAGUUCUGACAACUAACCCUAUACUGACGUGAAGUUUUCCCAUGGAUCUAAAUCAUCAGUCUUUGUUGUAUGUGGUCUUAGUGACCUGGAAAUGCUAUUUAUUUAGGCCAUAUGUGAUUUAUGUGAGAAGCACUUGUUCACAUAGUUGUGUUACUUAUACAGACCUUAUGUUCCCUAUAUAUACCAAUUUGGCUCGUGCAUUGAUGCUAAGUACAAUAUCUAUGACUAGUUAUAGCCGUGCAUACAUGCCAAAUAAAUGAAUGUUUGCUA